UUAUUUUCUUGGCCAGCUGCUGUUCUUCUGUAACCAGCCAUGAUUCUCCAGACUGCUGUGUUCGGUGUGCUCCUUUGCUCCAUUCACACUUUUGCUACAGGGGCAUCUUUUAUCAAGAGUGUCAAAAACUCUGGAAACACACCCGAGGAUGAUGAUUUCAGUAUCUCAACACUACUGGAGAAGGCUAAUGCUAAUCUUGGAAAGAACUUGGAUGAACCUCUGGUAAUGUUUGGAGACAUAGCAGUGCCAACAGGUCUACAGAACGCUGAUCCGUGUACCUCUCGAGGCUGUUUGUGGGGCAAAAGCAGCGACGGCAAUGUCUAUGUACCUUACCGAAUCUCCAACCAGUACUCUUCGAGAGAGAGACGUGUCAUUGAGGAAGGUCUGAGGUCAUUUGAAGGGUCCACCUGCAUCCGCUUUAGACCCCGCACAAGAGGAAACGAAGACUUUGUGAGCAUUGAGUCUCGAGGAGGGUGUUACUCUUAUGUUGGGCGCCGUGGCAGUGGCCAGGUAGUGUCACUGAGUCGCCAGGGCUGUGUUUUCCACCAUAUAGUCCAACACGAGCUGCUCCAUGCCCUGGGCUUCGACCAUGAACAGACCCGUUCAGACAGAGACGAACAUGUUCGCAUCUUGCUGCAGAAUGUCAUUCCUGGGAUGGAGCAUAACUUCAGGAGAAUCGCAACAGAGAAUCUCAACACUCCCUAUGACUACAACUCUGUCAUGCACUAUGGAAGGUAUGCCUUCACAAGAAACAGGCAGCCAACCAUCGUCCCCAUACCCGAUGAGAAUGUAGCCAUUGGCAGAGCUACAACCAUGAGUCCCAUAGACAUCCUGCGAGUGAAUCGUCUUUAUCGCUGCAACUCAACUGCACCCAAAUUUGUGCAAACAAACAACUUCUUCUAGAAAGUGAAAAACCAGCAGGAAACAGAGCAGACUGAUGGCAGACUGAUCCAAACACAAAGCCAGCAAAUGUGCAGCUUAUUUUUUGCAGAUUUAAUGGGAAAUGAAAUUCAUUGUUAUACUUUUCAGCUGUUCAUUUACAUCAUUACAGUCACAUGUACAUGAAUUAUUGCUAGCCAGCUUGAUGAAAUAUUACAAUAAAUAAUAAAUAUAUAUUCAUUUUAA